AUGUCCCCGUUGAGCUUGUCCUGCUGCGUAGUACCUAUUCUUCGUCUCACUAUCCUUGCGGCUCGUUUGGCCCUCUGGUUCACCUUCACGUCUGGCAUUGUUAGUGUACACAUCUCGCCCGACGAUAUCUGGCUCUUCGGAUUUGCUUUCAUGACCACAAUGCACGCCAUGUUCGAUGCUAGCUAUGUGGCCGCCUGUACCGCCGAUCUUGGAGCCGAGUCUGGUCCUUGGGAUAUCAUUCACCUGAUGAUCACCAUCCUCGAUGUGCAGAUGGCGAGAGCAAUUAUCAUGACCAUCGCAGAAGGUGCCGACGAAUGA